AAACAUUAUCUCCAACACUCCAAUCAUACAAUCUUCUAUUAAUAACGGCUAUAAAAACCUCACCCUGAUUUAUCUCUGGCCAGUUUACUGCCGAUUUUCAAUCAACCAUAGCGACAACAAUGAAAUUCGCUCUGUCCUUAGUCUUGUGCCUGAUUGUUGCCGCUUCAGCUGAGCGCAUACGAUCACCGGAAUUUGUUAUACGCGACGGUUUCUUAGUACGAAAAGGUACUCCAGAAACGAGUGCCCUUCCAGUGCCUCGACUAGUUGGCGGCGGUGAUGCUGAACCAAAUAGUGCACCAUGGAUAAUUUCACUUCAGUGGGGUACAAUUCGACCAGGACACUUUUGCGGUGGUGCAUUGAUUGCUCCAAACUGGAUUCUAACAGCCGCUCAUUGUUCAUCGUCUUAUCCAAACUUUGGUAUCUCAACCGUUGUGAGCGGUCUACACAAUUUGAAUAAUUUCAUGGGAGAGGAGCAAAUCCGUCAAGUGAAUUUGAACCAAAUUUUUGCACAUGAAGAUUGGACCGGAUUUGUUGGGCCACAUGACGUCAGUCUUAUCUUAGUAUCGGAUCCAUUCGUAGAAGAUUUUAGUGUAAGACCAAUUGCUCUCCCAGCAGCUGAUGCACUUCCUACAGGAAACGUAAGAUUACAUGGAUGGGGCAGCACAUCAACUGGUUUCAUUCCAGUUUGGCCAACUAUUCUACAGACCGUUGAAAAGCCACUAAUCACAGUUGCACAAUGUUCACCGUUGUUCGAUGGUGUCGUAGUUGAUAACAAUAAUCUUUGCACUGGACCGCUUACUGGUGGCGCUUCGGCUUGUAGUGGCGAUUCGGGCUCUCCUCUCACACAAAACAAUGUACUCGUCGGCAUCUUUUCACACACCCAGGUUCCAUGCGGACAACCCAAUAGGCCGUCAGUCUAUGUUCGCGUAAGUGCAUACGUAUCGUGGAUCAACGAUAUCAUCGACGAUAACUAAGCGCAAACAGCAUCAAAGGUGAUAAAACGCCGGUCGUGCGUUCUAAGUGAAUAUUUAUUUUGAGAUAAUGUAAACACCGACUUGUCAUGAAUGUUGUUUUUACAAAAAUAAAAUUCUUUACACUUCAAACCUCUCCAA